AUGUAUUUCAUCAAUCUAUUCUUCUAUCUAUCUAUCUAUCUAUCUAUCUAUCUAUCUAUCUUAGACUUCUGUUAUCUAUUCUCUAUCUAUCUAUCUAUCUAUCUAUCUAUAUCUAUCUAUCUAUCUAUCUAUCUUAGACUUCUAUUCUUCUCUAUCUAUCUAUCUAUCUAUCUAUCUAUCUAUCUAUCUAUCUUAGACUUCUAUUCUUCUAUCUAUCUAUCUAUCUAUCUAUCUAUCUAUCUAUCUAUCUAUCUUAGACUAUUAAUAUUUAUCCCAAUCUGUUCUUAUCUAUGUAUUUCAUCUAUUCUUCUCCUAUCUAUCUAUCUAUCUAUCUAUCUAUCUAUCUAUCUAUCUUCAUCUCAAUCUGUUCUUAUUAUGUAUUUCAGUCUAUUCUUCUCUCUAUCUAUCUAUCUAUCUAUCUAUCUAUCUAUCUAUCUUAGACUACUUCUCAAUCUGUUCUUAUCUAUGUAUUUAUCUAUUCUUCUCUAUCUAUCUAUCUAUCUAUCUAUCUAUCUAUCUAUCUCUCAAUCUGUUUGUUAUCUAUGUAUUUCAGUCUGUUCUAUUCUAUCUAUCUAUCUAUCUAUCUAUCUAUCUAUCUAUCUAUCUAUCUAUCUAUCUAUCUUAGACUUCUAUUCUUCUCAUUAUCUAUCUCUAUCUAUCUAUCUAUCUAUCUAUCUAUCUAUCUAUCUUAGACUGUUAAUAUUUAUCUCAAUCUGUUCUUAUCUAUGUAUUUCAGUCUAUUCUUUAUUCUCUCUAUCUAUCUAUCUAUCUAUCUAUCUAUCUAUCUAUCUUAGACUGUUAAAAUUUAUCUCAAUCUGUUUCUUAUCUAUGUAUUUCAUCUAUUCUAUCUAUCUAUCUAUCUAUAUCUAUCUAUCUAUCUAUCUUAGACUUCUAUUCUUCUCUAUCUAUCUAUCUAUCUAUCUAUCUAUCUAUCUUCUAUCUAUAUUAGACUUCUAUUCUUCUCUAUCUAUCUAUCUAUCUAUCUAUCUAUCUAUCUAUCUAUCUAUCUAUUCUAUUCUUCUCUCUCUAUCUAUCUAUCUAUCUAUCUAUCUAUCUAUCUAUCUAUCUAUCUAUCUUAGAGUGUUAAUAUUUAUCUCAAUCUGUUCUUAUCUAUGUAUUUCAGUCUCUAUUCUUCUCAUCUAUCUAUCUAUCUAUCUAUCUAUCUAUCUAUCUAUCUAUCUUAGACUGUUAAUAUUUAUCUCAAUCUGUUUCUUAUCUAUGUAUUUCAGUCUAUUCUUCCAUCUAUCUAUCUAUCUAUCUAUCUAUCUAUCUAUCUUAGAAUUCUAUUCUUCUAUCUCUAUCUAUCUAUCUAUCUAUCUAUCUAUCUCUAUCUAUCUAUCUUGGGCUAUUAAUAUUAACAAAUCUGUUCUUAUCUAUGUAUUUCAGUCUAUUCUUCUCUAUCUAUCUAUCUAUCUAUCUAUCUAUCUAUCUAUCUAUCUUAGACUUUAUUCUUCUCUAUAUCUAUCUAUCUAUCUAUCUAUCUAUCUUGGACUAAUCUUUUUUCUAUCUGUUUCUUAUCUUGUAUUUCAUUUUUAUUUUUUGUCUAUCUAUCCUAUCUAUCUGUUAUCUUAUCUAUCUAUCUAUAUUGUUGUGUUUAUCUCAAUCUGUUUCUUAUCUCUUCUCUAUCUAUCUAUCUAUCUAUCUAUCUAUCUAUCUAUCUAUCUUAGACUGUUAAUAUUUAUCUCAAUCUGUUCUUAUCUAUGUAUUUCAGUCUAUUCUUCUCUCUAUCUAUCUAUCUAUCUAUCUAUCUAUCUAUCUCUAUCUUAG